CAAAACCCCAACCAUCAUUUGGAUGCCUACUUUGUUAAUUCUAGUUUGACUGAAAAAACUGGACUUUUUGUUACCCAGAAAGGAGUGAAUUUUGAAUCUUGAUGGAGUUCUAGACGUGUGUGUAAUUUAACCAUAAUAAUUACAGUUUGCUGAGCUAACCAUGGUGAUUAUAAUCCAAUAAACUACACCACUGUUGUGUGUGGGUGUUGCUUUCAUCACUUGGUGGCAUUUCUCUCUGUCUUGAAUAUAUAUGGUUUACUUUAAUAUUCAAUUUGAUCCCAACCCUGCAGCAUAUAAUGUUCAUAUAACAAAGACUUGUCUUCACAACUACGCUUGUGGUUCUCAAUUUCUAUUUCCUCUGCCCUCUUGCCUUUUCUCUUGCUUCUGAUUUCUUUGCUAGUUGUGGUUUGCAGUAUAUUUGGCCCUAGUUUAGUCCUCCUGGUUUCGAAGGAAGGACAAGAGGCAGAAUGGGCAGAAACAUACAAGAAAAGGACAUCAUGAAUGGCAAACUUAAGGAUAUAGUAAAUGGUGAAAUCCAAGAACUGGCUUCUGGUUCUUUACCAAAAUCACCAACUCAAGAUGGAAGUCCAAAGAAAGAUGGAAGGCCAAGCAGCAUGGUGAUCAAGAAGGCACAUACUAUGUUUCCUGCUCACUUGAUAGCAGAAGCCAUAUCCUCACUCAGAGGCCUUGAUCUAAGAUGGUCAGGUCCAAUAACACCAAGUGAGAUGCUUUAUGUUCAGCAAUACAUCUUUGCAAAGUACCCACAAUACUGCAAUGGUCUAGUGGAAGAGGUGGAAAAACUAGAAAUUGAUAAUCUUUCCAUCAAUGAAGAAUCUUCAGCAACAACACCCCAAGAGAAGCUCAAGUCACCCAAGAGUGUGACACCAAAAGAGCUUUCCCCAUUUAGCACCACUCACUCUGAUCUUGACAGGACCCAAAUGGAGCCUUCAAGACUGCUUGAUAUCCUGACCAAGAAAUCUUCAUUCCAAGGCAAUUUUGUCUCCAUUCCUGAGGUCCAAGCUAGCAAUAGAGCCUUGAAGCAAUGUGGGUUGCAAGAGGAGGACUAUUUAGUCCUGUUCAUGGCCAAUUACAAAGAUGCUAUGGUGAUGAUUGGUGAGAGUUACCCUUUCUUCAGAGGAAAUCACUAUAUGACCAUUGUCAGUGACGAGACUGAUGCCAUAAGGGAAUUUGCCUCCAACAAAGAAACAAGGAUCAUAUCAGCACCAGAAACGUGGUUGGAUUUGAGGAUCAAAGGAUCACAACUUAGCCAGUACUUCAGAAGAAAGUGCAAGCACAGUCCAAAGGGACUGUUUUCCUAUCCAGCCACUGUGAAUGGGACUAAAUACUCCAUGCAUUGGAUCUCAGAAGCACACAGAAACUCAUGGCAUGUUUUGCUUGAUGCAACUGGUUUGGUUUUGGGGGAGGAUCGGUUAACGCUUGCUCUGUACCGCCCUGAUUUUGUUCUAUGCACCCUUAACAAUACACACACCCAGCCAUCCAGCAUCACUUGCCUCUUGGUUAGGAGAAAAACAUUUGAUACUAUGUCACAUACAGCCUAGCUUGGCUUCCUCAUAUUGCUUCUACUUUACUGAUAAUAAAUGUGUAACUUUUUUUUUCUUCUUCUUAUUAUUUAUGUGAACUCUAUUUGCCUCC